AUGAGCUACGCGCCCGUCCCGCGGCAGACAGGACUUGGCGACCGGCCGCCGCCACCCCCAUCAAGAUGGGGCCGCCUUCAGGACCGCUUCGCCGAGUUCAAACGACAUCUCGAUCAGCGUCCCGAGCAGGCAUUUGUGCUCGUCUUCGUCCUCGUCUUCGUUCUGGGCACCGGCUCAUUCGUGCUCUACAUGAUCACGGGCGACUUUGACGACACUGGCGGCACACUCGAUAACGAUACAUGGGCCGAGGAGGCGAGGAGGUUCGAGGCGUACUUGAAGCCGAUCAUGGAUCGCCUCGAUAACAUCACAGCGAGACUCGAUCGGAUUGAGAGCAAGCUAGGAGUGGAGGCGGCCGCUAGUGGGCAGGCCGAUGUAGAGUGUUAA